AUGAAGUUCUUUAAUUGGAUGCAUAACAAGCUUAAUGGGGGACAAGGGAGCAGAAAGUCUGAUGCAGUUCCAACCACAAAUUAUAUAAAUGAAGAGUUCAAAGAUUGGCCAGAUUCAUUGUUGGCAAUUGGAACUUUUGGCAAUAGGAGCAGUGAUCUCAAAGAAAGUAUACAACCAGAACAAAGCCAAUUACACGUACAAAAUGAUCGCGAAGACGAUGAUGAUGAGCAAAGUUGUUCUCCAGAUUUAGCAGAAUUCACACCUGAAGAAGUUGGCAAAUUACAAAAAGAGUUAACAAAAUUAUUAUCACGAAAACCGGUUAAAUCUGAAUUAGUUGAGAUCAAGAAUGUUGAUGAUCAUAUUCUUCCAUUAGACAGAUUUCUUAAUUGUCCAUCAAGUUUGGAAGUUGAUCGUGGGAUUAGUUCGAGCAGAUUUAGCACAAAUUCGGAUAAUUUUGAUUACGACGAGGAAGAAAUAGACAGAACAAUAAGAGUGAUCAUAGGAAGAUGCAAGGAUGUGUGCAGUAAGCAGAACAAAAAGAAAUCGAUUGGGAAGAAAUCAAUUUCUUUCCUUCUCCAGAAAAUGUUGGUCUGUACAAAUGGUGGUUUUGGUCCAGCUCCUGGUUUACGAGAUACAUUUCCAGAAUCAAGAAUGGAGAAGCUUUUGAGGACAAUGCUUUCCAAGAAAAUACACCGUCAAAAUGCCCCUCGCACAUCAACAAAGAAAUAUUUAGAGGACAAACAUCCACAAAGAGAAGAGCAAGAAGAGAAAAAACGAGAGAAAACUUGCGAUGAUGGAUCUAAAUGGGUGAAGACAGAUUCUGAAUUUAUCGUCUUGGAAAUGUAG